GCGGUGCCCUCGUCUCCCCAAGGCACGGUAAACUACUCCCGGCGAUUUGUGCCCUCCUCGAUCUGGCUUCGAAACCCUAGGGCGGCAAUCAACGGCGGAGGCUCGUGUAGUGUGUGGUGUGCGGAAAGCCCUAGAUUCAGUGCGGUAGGGAGGGAUUAGGGAGCUGUGAGGUCUGGUUUUUUUGGGGGCGGCGAAAGGCAGAGACUUUGGCGGGCGUGCGGCCGAGGGAGAUCUUGGCGGUGGCGUUUGGGGUUUAGAAAUUAGGAUUGAAAGGUGUGGCUGCCCAUGCGAUUGGGUUGUUUUUGAUGCCGCCAGAACCAUUGCCUUGGGAUCGGAAAGACUUCUUCAAGGAGAGGAAGCACGAGAGGUCGGAGUCCCUUGGCUCUGUGGCACGAUGGAGGGACUCGCCCCAUCAUGCACCUCGCGACUUCAAUCGUUGGCCUUCCGGCGAUUUUCGCAGACCGCCAGGUCAUGGUAAGCAGGGUGCUUGGCAUGUGUUUUCCGAUGAUUCUGGUCAUGGGUAUGGAUCGUCUCGGUCUGGUGAUAAGAUGCUGGAAGAUGAGAGCUUCAGGCCGUCAUUUUCACGUGGAGACGGAAGGUAUGGCAGGAACAGUAGGGAUAAUAGAGGGCCACCUUACAGCCAGAGGGAAACCAAAGGCCAUUCUUGGGAUGCCAGAAGUGGGUCUCCAAACAUGCCUGGGAGGCCAAAUCAUAAUGAACAGAAGUCGCAGGAUGAUAUGCUGACAUACUCAUCUCAUCAACCUUCCGAUUUUGGAAGUACAUGGGAUCGGAUUCAAUUGAAAGACCAGCUUGAUAGAAUGGGUGGUUCCACUGGUUUAGGUGCUGGCCAGAAAUGUGAGAGAGAGAACUCAUUGGGCUCAAUUGAUUGGAAGCCUCUUAAAUGGACAAGGUCUGGAAGCUUGUCUUCUCGAGUUUCGGGUUUCAGCCAUUUAAGUAGCUCAAAAAGCAUGGGGCCCGUUGAUUCCAAUGAAGCAAUGGUUAAUUCACAGCCAAAAAAUGCCACUCCAGUGCAGUCUCCUUCGGGAGAAGCUACUACUGGUGUGACAUCUGCUGCACCAUCAGAGGAAACAACUUCUAGGAAGAAGCCACGCCUUGGAUGGGGUGAGGGAUUGGCAAAGUAUGAGAAAAAGAAAGUCGAGGUCCCUGAUGCUAGCAUGAACAAUGAUGGAGCUGUCUGUUCUGUUGGUAACACUGAACCUGCUCAUUCUUUGAGUUCAAGCUUGCCAGAUAAAAGCCCUAGAGUCACAAUUUUCUUGGAUUGUGCAUCUCCUGCAACUCCAUCCUCCGUUGUUUGCAGUUCUUCUCCAGGUGUGGAGGAGAAAUCAUUUUGCAAGGCAGUAAAUAUUGAUAACGAUAUUAGAAACGUUUGUGGUUCCCCAGGUCAUAUGUCCCAGAGUCAUCAUGAGGGAUUCUCAUUCCAAUUGGAAAAGUUGGAUAGUAAUUCUAUAGUUAACUUGGACUCAUCACUACUGGAAUUGCUUCAGUCUGAUGAUCCAAGUUCUGUGGAUUCUAGUAGUCGGAGGCCUACUGCAUUGAACAAGUUGCUCAUAUGGAAAGGUGAGAUUUCAAAAGUACUGGAGGUUACUGAGUCGGAAAUUGAUUCACUUGAAAACGAACUUAAGGCACUGAACUCUGAUUCUGGGGGCAGCUGCCCCCAUCCAGCAACUUCUAGUUCUUUGCCUGUGGAGGACAAGGAUAAAUCUUGCAAAGAACAUGUCACAAAUUUGAUUACUCUGCCUAUUGCGUUGCAAAUUCAUUCUUCUGGGGACACUGAUGUGCAGAAAAUGUGUGUUGACAACAGGGACCAGGUAGAGUUCUGCGGUAUUGUCAACGAUGAGGAUAUUGAUAGUCCUGGAACAGCUACAUCGAAAUUUGUUGAGUCAUUACCGUUGGUCUCUUCAUCUGAUAUGAUGAAUCAAACUGGUUGUUCUGAGGAUUGGGAUCCAAUCCAGACAACCAUAGGGGAAGAGACAUGCUCAGUGCCCAGCAGAUGUACAGAAAAGACAGACCCGUCUACUUGUGGAAAUAGUAGCAUGCUUUUGGAUAAGGAGAUAGUUGCACCGGCCUGUGGUGUAGUAGAUAAGUUAUCUGAUUCUAUAUUUUCGGCCAAUAAAGAAUUUGCAAGUAGAGCAUCUGACAUAUUUAGUAAGCUGUUACCAAAAGAGCAAUAUGAGGUUGAUCCAUCUGGAGUAAGUGUUCCAUCAUCCUGGAAGAAUGAUCCAUUGAUCAAAGAGAAGUUUGCCAAGAGGAAGCAACAUCUGAGGUUUAUGGAGAGAGUUGUAACCUUAAAAUUUAAAGCCUUUCAACACUUGUGGAAGGAAGACAUGCAUUUGCUUUCCAUGCGAAAAUGUCGUUCAAAAUCUCACAAAAACAUUGAGUUGAGCUUGCGAGCAACUAAUAAUGGGCAUCAGAAGCAUCGAUCUUCAAUUCGAUCUCGAUUUUCUACACCUGCAGGAAGUCUGAACCUGGUCCCUGCCACAGAGACUAUUAAUUUCACUAACAAGUUGCUGUCAGAUUCCCAAGUCAAGCUGUACCGGAACUCAUUGAAGAUGCCGGCCUUAAUCUUGGACAAAAAGGAGAAGAUGGCGACAAGAUUUGUUUCUAGUAAUGGUUUAGUUGAAGAUCCCUGUGCUGUUGAGAAUGAAAGGGCUUUGAUGAACCCAUGGAUGCCAGAAGAGAAAGAACUUUUCAUCCAAAAGCUAACCAUCUAUGGGAAGGAUUUCAGGAAAAUUGCUUCGUUUCUUGAUCACAAGACGACUGCUGACUGUGUUGAGUUUUACUACAAAAACCACAAGUCUGAUUGCUUUAAGAAAGCAAAGAAGAAACCUGAUAUGGCUAAACAAGAAAAGUCCUCGGCUAAUACCUACUUAAUUUCAAAUGGGAAAAAGUGGAAUCGUGAGAUGCAUGCUGCUUCCCUUGAUAUUUUGGGUGCUGCUUCAGCAAUUGCAGCUCAUGCUGAAAGUAGUACAAGAAAUCGACAGACAUAUUCGAGAAGGUUAAUUUUGGGAGGGUACAAGAAUACCAAUACAUCUUAUGGUGAUGAUACCAUGGUUGAAAGGCCUUGCAGUUUUGAUACUAUUGGCAAUGAAAGAGAAACAGCUGCUGCUGAUGUUUUAGCAGGUAUAUGUGGCUCGAUUUCAUCUGAGGCUGUGAGUUCUUGCAUCACUAGUUCCAUUGAUCCUGUUGAGUCUUAUCGGGAGUGGAAGUGCCAGAAAGUGGAUUCUGUAGUAAGGCGACCUUUGACACCUGAUGUAAUGCAUAAUGUGGAUGAUGAGACUUGCUCAGACGAAAGUUGUGGAGAAAUGGAUCCUUCUGACUGGACAGACGAGGAGAAGUCUAGCUUUAUUCAGGCAGUGUCAUCCUAUGGAAAGGAUUUUGCUAUGAUCUCGCGAUGCAUUAGAUCAAGGUCUCAGCAUCAAUGCAAGGUUUUCUUUAGCAAGGCUCGGAAGUGCCUUGGCCUUGAUUUAGUGCAUCCGCGGCCUGGAAAUGGAACAUCUGUUGGUGAUGAUGCUAAUGGAGGUGGGAGUGACGCUGAAGAUGCCUGUGAUCUGGAAACCGGUUCGGGUAUUUCCAGUGACAAGUCAGGCUGUAACAUGAACGAGGACUUGCCGUCAUCUGUCACAAACAUGAAUGACGAUGAAGCAGAUCCUGCGGAGAGCAUGAAAUUGCAAACAAGCCCACUCAGACCAGAGGAAAACAAUGCGAUGGCAGAAGUAGAUCAUGGAGAUGGUAAGCCUCUCAAAUUUCUUGCUUUUGGUGAUGACACUGAUAUCAUGGAUUCCGGUGCUAUGGGAGGUAAUGUGACUGAAAACGGAAUUUUGGUUGCAGAAUCACUAACUGUUGGUGAGGGAAUCAACUCUGACACACCUAAUCCUGAAUGUAUGGUUGGGGAAAAAUUGGUGGGUCAAAAUUCUUUUGAUCGAUUUGGAAAGGAGUUGGAGGGGGGAGAUGAAAGAACCAAUAGAGGUAAAAGUGGAUGUCACAUACCAGUUUCAGUACACGAUUUGUGUGGCAAUGCUUCUGACCAGGCAACCGAUGGUUCUUGUUCAGGUCUUAACCCUGAGUACCUGCAUGAAGUUUCUGUUGAGCUGAAUUCUGUGCAAAAGCCUUCAGUCAUCCCAUUGCCACUUGAGAAUCCUCUUGCGACUGCAGAUACAGCGGGACAAGAUUCUGCUGCCAUUGAAUGCGAGAAAUCCCUUGACCAAGAUAGGUUGUCAUCAACCCCGGAUCUGCAGGAGGGUAGAGAUCAUCAGUGUUCUAAAUCUGUUGGUGAGGAUGAUAGUCGCAAGCACUUGUCAGGUUUUCUGGUAUACACAAAUGUUGAACCUUCGCAAGUUAUCAGAGGCUAUCCAUUGCAAAUAGCAACCAAGAAAGAGACAAACGGGGAUAUAAGUUGUGGUAAUUUAUCUGAAGCUAAGCCAGACAGAAAUAUCAAUGGGCAUUAUAUGACACAAAAUGGCUUUCUUCAAUUUAGGAAUUGUAAGCCUUCAUGUUCUGAGGUUGAUUUUCCUCCUGUGCCCCUAAAGGUAGAACAACCAGGUGACUCUCGAAAAGCCCAUUCAUGGAGUUCGUCAGAUUCAGAUAAACCAAGCAGGAAUGGUGAUGUGAAACUAUUUGGUAAGAUACUUAGCAACCCAUCCAAGUCAACUUCCAGCAUCCAUGAGAAUGAAGAGGGAGCGCAUAACCAUCAAUUAAGCAACAAGGCAUCUAACUUAAAGUUCACUGGGCAUCACAGUGCUGACGGGAGUUCUCCCCUACUGAAGUUUGAUUGUGGUGGUUAUUUGGGCCUCGAGAAUGUUCCCAGGAGAAGUUAUGGCGGGUUUUGGGAAGGGAAUAAAGUGCGAACUGGUUUUUCAUCUUUUCCUGACUCAGCUAUCUUGCUGGCCAAGUACCCUGCAGCAUUUAGCAACUUUCCUACAUCCUCUUCCCAAAUGGAACAGCAGCCACUGCAGGCGGUUGUGAAGACCAGCGAUGGGAGUAUAAAUGGCGUGUCAAUUUUUCCUGGCAUGGAGAUUAAUGGUAGCAAUGGAGUUGUUGAUUAUCCGGUGUUUAGCAGGGGUCGGGAUGGUGGUGCCAAAGUGCAACCAUUUACAGUAGAUGUGAAGCAGCAGCGGCAAGACAUGUUUGAUAUUCCAAGACGAAAUGGGUUGGAUGCAAUCACGAGCUUACAGCAGCAAGGGAGGGCGAUUGUCGGGAUGAAUGUCAUGGGCAGGGGAGGGAUCCUUGUAGGGGGUCCAUGCACGGGGGUAUCAGAUCCCGUGGCUGCCAUUAGAAUGCACUAUGCAAAAACUGAGCAGUACGGGGGGCAGGCGGGGAGCAUUGUCGGGGAGGAAGAGUCGUGGAGAGGGGGCAAAGGGGAUAUAGGCAGGUAGUAGACGGUUGCAGGGGGGGCUGGGCCUGCCCAUUGGCGCACCCUCAGUGGCGAAUUGUUUAUUUGCUGCACCAUGUAUAAUAGUUUUUGGUUGAUGUUGGUUCGAUGCAGUCAGCGACAUAAUAGGCAAAAACGGACGGUUUAGAAGUCCCCGUCUAUUUCUUUUUCUUUUGUUUUUUGGGUAAAAUGCUUUUGUGUUUUUUAAUUUAUUAGGUGGUUGUAAUGUUGCAGCAGAAGCAGGAGCAUCUUGUAUUUGUUGUAUUUUAUGGAAAAAAAAAAAAAUACAGAAGUUGGGAAGAGGGAUGGAUGGAGAAAUAUUUAUUCCA